GAGCAUAAUUCCAAUUUUGUGAGUGAAAAUUGCCCUUUCUCCAAAAACCCAGCCUUAAACCCUUCUUCUCUUUCAAUACUCCAUUCGAACAGGUUGCGGCGUCUCCCUCAUCUGAGCCAUGGCUCGUUUCCAUAACAGAAAGAAGAAGGUUUUUGUUAAGCCAAUUGUCAAAAAGCAGCAGCAACAGCAACCGAAUGUAGACCAUAUCACAGGGAAUAAAAUCCCGAAGAGUUUUGUGUUUUCGAGGGGGAAGCUUCCUGGUCCUCUUAGGCAACUUCAAAUGGAUUUGAGAAAAUUGAUGCUUCCUUAUACUGCUCUCAAACUCAAGGAGAAGAAAAGGAACAAUCUGAAAGACUUUUUGAAUGUUGCAGGGCCAAUGGGUGUAACCCAUUUCCUCAUUUUAUCUAAAACCGAAACUUCGCCUGUCCUUAGGGUUGCAAAGACCCCUCAAGGCCCUACUCUUACAUUUAAAAUAGAUGAAUAUUCAUUGGCUGUUGAUAUAUCCCAAUCUCAAUUGCGCCCUCGUUGCCCUCAGGAUCUUUUCAAGAAUCCUCCUUUGAUUGUUCUGUCUGGUUUUGCGGCAGCAGAUGAACAAUUAAGGCUCACGACUACGAUGUUCAAGAACAUCUUUCCGGAUAUUGAUAUCAACACUGUUAAACUUUCUUCUUGCCAGAGGAUUGUGUUGCUUAACUACAAUAAAGACACGAAGCUUAUUGAUUUUCGACAUUAUUCUAUCAGACUACAGCCUGUUGGUGUCUCGCGUAGAAUUCGAAAAUUCGUGCAGAACCAUCAAGUGCCUGAUCUUCGGAAUCUUCAAGAUGUGAGCGACUUCGUCACUAAAGCGGGUUAUGGAUCAGAAAGCGAAGCUGAUGAGGAAGCUGCAACAGUUACUCUGACUAGCGAUCUUAGUCGAGUUAAUCGUGCCUCUACAAAAAGCGCGGUUAAGCUUCAAGAAAUUGGACCUAGAAUGACUCUCCAACUCACCAAAAUUGAGGGUGGAUUAUGUGCUGGUGAAGUUAUGUUCAGUGAAUAUGGCAAUGGUGGCAAUAAGAAAAAGCCAGGCAAUGAGGAGGGUAAUGAAAAGGAAGACGGUGAGAAUGAUGGCCAAAUGGAGGAUAGCGAUGAAGAUGAUGAAGCAGAUAACGAGGAAGAUAUGGAAGAAGGUGAAGAAGAUUAGUGCUUUAGCAAAGUGGAAGGUGCAAUACAACUUCCAUUUUCUGAUUAAAUGACAUGGCACUUGACAUUAGCCAUGUUCUUUACAUGGGGAAGAUGCUUAUCUGGAGUGAGGAUCUGAUAAGCUUUUGUGCCAGUUAGCCUCUUAUUUUUGCCUUUUUACUUCCCAGCUUUGUCUGUUUCCUCCUGAAUUUUGGCUUAAAUUUGUUGUAGAAGAUCCAUAGAUUUUGAUAUAAGAAAGAAAAAGCCCCAUUGAAGUCCA